AUGGAUUUAGUAGUUGAUUUACCUUUUGGAGUUCCUCCAAUAUUACCCGAUGUUGGAAAACAGUUACAAGAAUAUAUUUUAUGUCCUGAUAAAUUACCCAUUCACAAUUUUGAAACAUCUCAGCAACAUUGGGAUGAAGAACCUGAUACCUCUGCUCUGUACUUAAGUGAUUUAUCUGAAAAUAGCACUAUUUUAAAACUUGACCGAGAUUUAAGAAGCGGUGAAUUAAGAUCUUUUACAGAAGUUCUCUGUAAUGGAGAUUCUUUACCUACGAUAAAUAAAGAAGAACAAUCCAAAACUAUAGAUGAUAUUAUAGAAGUUUUAGAAAAUGUUGGUGACGUUAUAGAAACUGAAGAAAAUGAAAAGUCAGUUAAACAAAAUGAAACAAGUGAUUCUAACUUCAUUAAUUUAGUCGACUUAUUAAAGGGUGGUCAACAUUUAUUAGAAGUAACCAAUAGUUCUUUUGAACUUGAAAACGAAGAAGAUAAACAUGAAAAUAAAAAUGAUACGGAAGAAAUAUCAGUUGAAGAAUCAGAUGUGAUAAGCAGUAUUCCAAAUGAAGUAGCAUUCAAAGCUCCAGUUAUAAGAUUGUCAGAUGUUACCCCAUUAAAAGGGGUAACUUCUACAGAAUGGGCAGAGGUAAUUGAUGUUAGCCUACCUGUCACAGAUUUUUAUGAAAAAAUCCCAGAUAUGGCCUUUAAAUACAAUUUCGAACUUGAUACAUUUCAGAAACAGGCUAUCUUAAAAUUAGAAGAGCAUUGUAGUGUUUUGGUAGCUGCUCAUACUUCAGCUGGUAAAACAGUCAUUGCAGAAUAUGCCAUUGCAUUAUCUCAGCGUCAUAUGACCCGUACCAUUUACACUUCCCCAAUUAAGGCUUUAUCAAAUCAAAAAUAUAGAGAUUUUAGAAAUACUUUUAAAGAUGUAGGACUCAUUACAGGAGAUUUUCAAGUAAAUCAGACAGGAACAUGUCUUAUAAUGACUACAGAAAUUUUAAAAUCCAUGUUAUUAGCACAAAAUGAUAUCAUUAGAGAUUUGGAAUAUGUAAUUUUUGAUGAAGUACAUUACAUAAAUGAUUUUAAAAGAGGACAUGUGUGGGAGGAAGUUGUCAUUUUACUUCCGUCGCAUGUGAGCAUUGUAAUGCUUAGUGCAACAGUUCCAAACACUUUGCAAUUUGCCGAUUGGGUAGGAAGAACUAAACAACAAAAAAUGUAUGUUAUUAGUACUACUCAAAGGCCUGUUCCUUUAGAACAUUUUCUAUACACUGGAUCUGGAGGAAAUAGUAAAGAUGAAAGAUUUUUAAUUUUAUCAGCUACAAAUGAAUUUCAAAAAAAAGGAUAUUUAGAAGCUGUUGAAGCCAAAAAAAAAAGAGAAAGUAAACAAAAAAAUGUUGUAAAAGAAAGACCACAAACAGGAAGAAAACAAGACACAACUAUGUGGGUAGCAUUAAUAGAACACUUACAAAAACAUGAUAAGUUGCCUAUAGUGGCAUUUAUUCUUUCUCAAAAGAGAUGUGAUGAAAAUGCUAGUAGCUUAAUGUCAGUGGAUUUAACUACAGCCAAAGAAAAAUCACAUGUACGACAUUUUUUUCAACAGAGUAUUCAAAAAUUGAAGGAGCCUGAUCAAACUUUGCCUCAAAUACUCAAAAUGCAAAAACUACUUGAAAAUGGAAUUGGAAUUCACCACAAAGGCAUAUUACCUAUUCUAAAAGAAAUAGUUGAAAUGCUUUUUCAAGAACGAUGCGUAAAAAUUCUGUUUGCUACUGAAACAUUUGCAAUGGGAGUAAAUAUGCCAGCUAAAACGGUUGUUUUCGAUUCGAUACAUAAAUACGACGGAUCUGAAAAAAGAAUGCUUUUGCCAUCCGAAUAUAUUCAAAUGGCUGGAAGAGCAGGCAGAAGAGGGCUCGAUAAAACAGGAACCGUUAUUAUAAUUUGUAGAGAGGACAUGCCAACUGAAAAUAAUUUAAUACAAUUAAUGAAAGGUAUACCAAAAAAAAUUGAAUCACAAUUUCGUUUAACCUAUUCUGUAAUUUUAAAACUUGAGAGGAAAAAAAUCGUGGCAGAAGGAAGAGUAACCGUGGAAGAAAUGAUGGCAAACAGUUUUAAAGAAGCCGAUCAUAUAAUAAAAAAGAAAACGUACACGCAAUCUUUGGAACAAGUAGAAAAUAAUUUAUCAAGUUUAGAAAAAACAAUUGAAAAGAAUAAUGUAUGGGAAGAAGUCCGAGACAGUUGUUCCAUACUCUUAGACUAUAUAAAAAAUUGGGCAGUUUUGAGUUCAAAAAUUUUUACCGAUAAGAAAGGAUUAAAACUUGUAACUCCCGGUCGUGUUGUUUUACUUACUCAUAAAUCUCACAUAAAUAAAUUAGGAAUUAUAUUGUCUUGCGAAUAUAAAAAAAAUGUUAAAUUUAAAGUUUUAGUACUGGAUAAUAAAAUUGACAAAUCAAAAGACAACUCAGAGACUGAUAAAGACUUUAAAUCAAUUGAGAAUGAAUGGUAUAAACUAAUUGGCUUAUUAAAUUUAAAUAAAAUAUUUGUACCCGACGAUUUGGGCGUUCAUACUGUCAUAACUAUUGACGCUUCGGAUAUUUUCGAAGUAACAACUAUUCUAUUGAAAAUAGACUCUAAAAUAAUUUUAUCAGAUUGGGAUAAUAGGCAAAUCCCUAGAUUUCGAGAUAAUCCACCUGGGCAAACAUUUCAAAGAGUUUUGGAAGAAUUAACGGAAAUAACUCACACUUAUGCUAAUUCGGAAGAGAAAAUUGAAUAUUUAAAUUUAUUAAAAGAUUUUAAAAUAAGUAGCAAAGAAGAUUUUAAAAAUUUCCACGAGUUGGUCAAAUUAAAAACAAAAGUUUGCGAAAGUAAUACUUUAACUGAUCAUGAGCAAUUGAAAAAAUUUUUCAAACUUUUAUGUUUGGAAAAAAAGAAAGAAAAUUUAAAAUUUUUGCUGUCGUAUCAAAGUAUGUCUUUGUAUUCCGAUUACAAAAGCAGAUUAGCCGUUUUAAAAAUGUUGAAUUAUCUUGACAGUAAAAAUUCAGUUCAAAUGAAAGGGAAUGUUGCUUGCGAAAUGAGCAGUCAAGAACUUCUCAUUACAGAAUUAGUAUUUAGAAAUGCUUUGAACGAUUUGCAACCACCGGAAAUAGCGGCAUUAUUAUCUUGUUUCGUUUAUCAAGGGAAAAAAAAAAAUGAACCACUUCAACUAACGGCUACCCUAGAAGCAGGAAUUGCAAGAAUAAAAAAAAUAGCCAAAGAUGUUUUUGAAGCAGAAGAGAUAUGUGGUGUAAAUCAGGCAGAAGCAACGGGAAAUGAAGAAAACAUGAAUUUCGAUUUAGUUCCAGUAGUUUAUGAAUGGGCUAGAGAAAAGCCUUUUGCACAAAUUAUGACAUUAACUGAUGUCCAAGAAGGUAUUAUAGUUCGUUGUAUACAACAGUUAAAUGAAACAAUCAAAGAAGUGAAAAAUGCAGCGAAAAUUAUUGGAGAACCCACAUUACAACAAAAAAUGGAAGAUGCAUCCAAUGCAAUAAAAAGAGACAUUGUUUUUGCAGCUAGCCUUUACAUGCAGUAA